CGAUGUCACGGCCGUCUGUAGUGCACAGUCGUUCUUAAGGGUCGGUCGUCGCUGCUGCAGCACGUGCACGUUCAGUGCUAAAUACACCCUCGUCGAUCUCGGUCCGCGCCACUAUUGUAAUACUACUCGUCGAUACCCACUCGUAUAAUAACACUGUUUUUUGCGGACGUCUUCCGUUUUUUGUCAGCUAUAUUAUACCGUCAUAAUACACGACUUAUAUUCAUAGCUUCACGCAUCAAUCAAUUAUACCCAAUUAUACGGGCGGGACGUAUUUAUAUUUACCUGACGGUGGUUCAUCCCUGUGGAUCGAUUAUUUUUAUUUUUUUUAUCUCUAUUCUCGGUCCGUUUCAGACGAAAUGUGCCAUACGAUGAUUUCUGGUACCGACGACGACGAAAACAUGGAUGAGAUCUCUUCGACCUCUCCGCCGCCGACAAACUCUAAGAAACCCGGAAAACUACACAUCGAGCCCCGGAAGAUCCGAAAGCCGUUGAUGGAGAAAAAGCGACGGGCAAGAAUAAAUCAGAGCCUGGACGAACUUAAACGAAUAGUAGUGGACGCCGAGAAAUUCGCCGGACAAGACCUCUCCAGAGUGAACAAACUGGAAAAAGCCGAUAUCCUGGAGAUGACGGUCAGGUACCUGAAACGGAAUUCGACGGCAUCGGCGCCGUCGUUGCCAUCACCCGGACCGGAAGUAUAUGCGGCUGGAUACCGGCGGUGUAUAGGACAGGUCCAAGAGCUAUUGGCUGAACAGUGGACGGCUGAGCGGCGGCAAGUUUCCGGUCAAAGGAUGAUCGAGCACUUGGAGUCGUGCGCUAGGAGGCUGAACAACGCGCCGGUGAACCGAUUGUCGUCGUCGUCUUCUACAUCCUCUUCGGACGAACCGCCGAACACCAAUGUCACCGUCAUAAACAAUAAUAACGUUUGCUCGUCGUUGUCAUCUUGCUCGUUCGACGAAGACGACAGCAACGCGGCGACGGAGGACCGUACUGCGACGGAAUUACGCCGAGACGCCACACCCGAAAAGUUGAUGUGGAGGCCUUGGUGACGGACCGGUUACCAUGGUAGACAACCGCGGUACCACGUCACUCUUGUGUUUUAUCAUCGUAAUGUAAUAAUUAUUAAUAAUAAUUGACAACUGUAUGCCCCCAUUGUACCUGUUCUCCAAGACUUUAGUUCGUAAGACAUGUAAAUAUUAAAUAUUGUAUUGUGACCAUAAUAAUGAUUAUGUUUUUAUUUCUCAAAUAACAAGACAAUCGAAUCGUUAUCAUUUCAAUAGUCCUUUUAUUAUUCGUUUAAUUAGUUAUUACAAUCAUUUCAAACUGGUAUAUAAUAUUAUAUGAUAUAUACAUACUUAACCUAUAUAACAUCACAUUGGUCUAAACAUAGAACAAAACGUUACAAUAAAAAUUCACUGUGCACAACACUAUUCACCAAAACAGCAGCUCUCCGGUGCGAAAAUUGACGUCAUUAUUGUUGUUACUUGUUAGUAUAUACCUAUUGUACCUAGGUUGGUGGUAAAUCGUUAUUCCUCGUAUAUUUUUAAAAAGGCACGUUCAGGUCUGUACACAAACAGUAGGUAAUCCAAAUUUUAACUGAUGUUCAAGGUAAAAAAAAAAAAAUUCCAAAACGAAUGUAUGAACGUUUAUAAGCCAU